AACAGAGGAGGGACAGAAGUCUCCAUCGGGAGCUGACGGACAGGCGCUGUCCGCUCAGCACCACCGCAGUCACCUUGCUGUGAAAGUCAUAAACCUGCUCAGGACUGAUCUGAUCAAUUACCGCAACUUGGGGAGUCCAAUGAGCUGGGGGUUUUCUGCUGGCGGGGGGACAUUUACCAGCGUCUGUCCUUUUAUCUCGACAUCUUGGAUUUUCUGACGAUGUGACGUCUAUUCUUAAUAUGAUUGGUUGCAAUUAUUUUGGACUUCGAUUCAAUACCCCCCAUUGAGUCUAGCAGCUAUAAGCGUUUUUCAUCCUCCAGUUGCAUGGCAGGUGAUCGUAGAAAAAACUGGGUUUAGAGGGGAUGCAGCCUGAUGCGUGUCAAGCAUUUCUUUCGUAGUUGCUGAGAAACGACAGGUUGCUGUGUGCGCUGCUUUCCCUCAAGUAAUUGUUUAUCACCGCUGUGUAUGGUUGCACGGGGCGCCUAGACUUACCUUUGCGAUGAAGGGAACUUAUUGGAGAAAUGCAUAAGGGACGCAAUGGGCCUGAGCGACGACAAGGAUCGCAUUGUGAUAAACGUGGGAGGGAUCAGACAUCAGACAUACCGCAGCACCCUGCGCACCCUACCUGGCACUCGCUUGUCCUGGCUGGCCGAGCCUGACGCACCUAACCACUUUGACUAUGAUGCCAAGAUCGAGGAAUUUUUCUUCGACCGCCACCCUGGCGUUUUUGCACACAUCCUUAAUUACUACAGAACAGGUAAGCUGCACUGCCCUGCUGAUGUCUGCGGGCCCCUCUAUGAGGAGGAACUGGCCUUCUGGGGCAUUGAUGAGACAGACGUGGAGCCAUGCUGCUGGAUGACUUAUCGGCAGCACCGGGAGGCAGAGGAGGCCCUUGAUAGUUUCGGCGGGGGGGGGUUGUUAGACCUGGCGAGCGAUGAUCCGGAGCCAGAGCAAGAGCACGCUGAGGAUGAUGUGGAUGAAAUGACAAGGAGGCUGGCGCAAGGAGACACUCAUGAUACCAGGAGUGGAAGCCUGUGGAGCCGGUGGCAGAAACAUGUUUGGGCUCUGUUUGAGGACCCUUACUCCUCUAAAUAUGCAAGGUGGGUGGCUCUGGCCUCGCUGUUCUUUAUUCUGGUGUCCAUCACCACCUUCUGUCUGGAGACCCACGAGGCCUUCAACCCCAUCAUCAACCGAACUGAUCUGGAGGUGGUGGACAACGUCACAGUGGAGCACACCUACCAGGAGACUGAGACUGCGCUCUACCUCACCUACAUUGAAGGGGUUUGUGUGGUGUGGUUCACUUUUGAAUUUCUAAUGCGAAUAACUUUCUGCCCGAAUAAAUUUGACUUCAUUCGAAACGCCCUAAACAUCAUCGACUUUGUGGCCAUCCUGCCCUUCUACCUGGAGGUUGGCCUCAGUGGGCUCUCUUCAAAGGCAGCUAAGGACGUGCUGGGUUUCCUCCGAGUUGUCCGCUUCGUGCGGAUCCUACGUAUCUUCAAGCUGACCCGUCACUUUGUGGGACUGAGGGUGCUGGGCCACACGUUGAGGGCCAGCACCAAUGAGUUCCUGCUCCUCAUCAUCUUCCUUGCUCUCGGUGUCCUCAUCUUUGCUACUAUGAUCUACUACGCAGAACGGAUUGGAGCUAACCCCAACGACCCUCGAGCCAGCGAGCACACACACUUCAAGAACAUCCCGAUUGGAUUCUGGUGGGCCGUGGUGACCAUGACGACCCUGGGCUAUGGAGACAUGUACCCCAAGACGAUCUCCGGUAUGCUGGUCGGAGCCCUGUGCGCUCUGGCAGGUGUGCUGACCAUUGCCAUGCCUGUCCCUGUGAUUGUCAACAACUUUGGAAUGUAUUACUCCCUGGCCAUGGCAAAACAGAAACUACCAAAGAAAAAAAAUAGGCAUAUCCCUCGGGCACCCCAACCAGGUUCUCCAAACUUCUGUAAGUCAAGCAUCAGCUCCCAACCUCAGAGCCCCAUCCCCCAUGACGACGUUUUCGAGAUAAAGUUUCAAGAUUCCAAGCUGAACGGUGAGGCAGCUAACGCAGCUCUGGCCAACGAAGAUUGCCCUCAUAUAGACCAGGCCAUAUCUCCAGAGGAAAUCUUCAGCCCUAGCGAGAGAGAGCGGCCCUGCUUCCUGGUCACCACUGCUGAACGCCCUAACCACACAGGGGGCAGAGUGAGGAGGGGUUAUGAAAAGCCUUGGAGCCUUAACAGCAUGUCUGGCAUGAGCGGGGAUGCCUCUGGAGUGUCCUCAGUGUCCGCCCUGCCCUGCAGCCCACCCUGUCUAAUGCAGCACUCACAUUCUCCCAUCCCAUCCAUUAUGUAGCAUGGUUGAGUAGCAGACACAAUGCCAUUGGAAGGCCAGUCCUCACACUCCUGCUUUUGUUCAUUUUUAUUUGUUUAUUUUUCUGGAAAACUGUAUUUUAACUGUGCUAAUACUCAAGCCUCCCAAGUGUUCUCCUUGGGUGUGUCAUCAUAUCCUAGACUAGAAACCAUUGGCACAUGCCACUCUGCAUGGGUCACCUCAGUUGCAGACAAAGCACUGUUCUACUUGUACUACAGGCUAACCCCACUCUUUCCCUGUGUUUACAUCAUUGCCUGUUGCUCUGUUGCUUUUGAUCUCGCAUACUAUUCUGCCAAUAACUUUUAUCUCAUCUGCUUUUUACAAUUUUGUGAAAGACAUUUUCACGAGAUGUAACCCCUGCUAAUAAUAUGCUGAACAUUAACAACACAUGGCUUUUAAACAUAUCCAAAAGGUAUCAUUACCAGCUGUUAAGGGAACUCCUCUUAAGUGCUUUGUACGUUGCAAAGUAGAGACGUUAUCAUUCUGAAGUGCAGUCCAGACCAGACUCAAUGUAAUCUGAGUGGCCAUCAAAAAAAAAAAACAAACAAGAAAAAAUUGAACAUUAUGUUCAUGAUUGUCCAGUGCAAUAUGGAGAUGAUGACAAUUCCUAUGAUACUAGUGAUGAAUACAUCUAAUGUCAACGGAACUUUUUCAUUUGCAUGAACUGCAUGAGAAAACAUUAAG